AUGAUUAUCCCCAUCCGUUGUUUCUCCUGUGGAAAGGUGAUUGCCGACCUUUGGGAACGCUACAUGAAGCUACUCGAGGGAGGCAUGCCUGAUGGUGAAGCGAUGGACCAAGUCGGCGCAAAACGAUACUGCUGCAGGCGUAUGCUGAUGACACACGUGGACUUGAUUGAAAAGCUGCUA